UGGUCCACUUGGCUUUCCGUACAGUUGAAGUGGCGUAAACUGAUGUGUCAAAAUGGCAGAGCUAACAGCUCUAGAGAGCCUGCUGGAGAUGGGCUUUGACAAAAACAGAGCGGAGAAAGCUGUAGCCAAUACAGGAAACCAGGGAAUAGAGCAGGCUAUGGACUGGUUAAUGGAGCACGAGAAUGACCCAGACAUCGAUGAGCCCUAUGUGCCACCUGUGGUAAACGUCCUGGGAGAAGCAGAACAUGGCCAGUCCAACACAGAGCAGGCAACCACUGAAGAAAACGCAGAUGGAGACAACACUGAAAACCUGGAGUUUUUAAAGCGGCCAAUGACCGAGGAGGAGAAACGUGAACAAGUCAAAAGGUUAGAGGAGCUUAUGCGAGUGAAGCAGGCCGAGAGAAGAGAGCGCGAGCGAGCAGAGGAGGUGGAGAGGGAGAAAUACCGAAGGAAACAGGGCCAAGAGCUGCAGCAGAUCCGUCAGAAGAUGCAGGACGAUGACAUGAGAAAUCUUGCUGAGCAGCGGAGGAGAGAGAAGAUGGAGGACAAAAUGGCCAGGCAAAGGGUUAAAGAGAAAAUAGCAAGAGACAGAGAGGAGAGAGCGCAAAAGUUUGGAGGUGGUGCGACUUCGAGCACAGCUGCAUCGUCACAGCCGACUUUACCCAGCCCAUCAUCACCCACCGGUCAGGGCCCUCCACCCACCAAGAAAGAGUACGACGAGUCAAGGAUACAGGUUCGUCUUCUGGACGGCUCCACCAUCACGACAGUCUUCAAGGCCCAGGAGCCGCUGGCGGCCGUGCGCGUCUACAUACAGAUGAACAGCAACGUGCCCGAGGGUCAGGACUUCACGCUGCUGUCACCGUACCCUCGUCAGGUCUACACUGAACUGGACAUGGAGAAGCCCCUGAAAGAGCUCGGUUUGGUGCCUUCAGCUGUGCUGGUUGUUACCAAAAAGUAAGAAGGAUGUGCUCCGUGAGCCUACCUCACCACUUCCACCACACUGACUCCAGACACGCCGGGAACGGACUGAUCCAGGAACAGGGCUGCCAGCCAACCAGACUGAAGCUGCGUUCAGACACCGGGAAAAGCUUUUCUUAAAGAGGGACUGAGUGCAGAAUUCACGAAGAAGCUUCACAAUAUGAUUUGGACCUCGACUUUUUACAGAUCAAAAGCAAAACAGCUGGCUUCUGACUGACACUUCAAAAAUAAAAAUUACUGUUUCAACAACACAGUACAGAAAGUACAAAGUUCAGUUUUAGCCUUGCACAUUACACAACUUCAGGUGGUUCUGACAGGGCCUUAAGUUUAAUCCUCAUGAUCUUCCUGGUUUUGUGACUUUCUAUUUUUUAAGCAGUUUCAGAUCUGUUGUCACGUAUGUAAACAUGGUCACCAAGAAUCCACUUACAAUAAAGCCGACUUGGUAAAUUACA